AUGUAUGAAUACAAACUAAAGAUACAAAAGUAUAAAGAUGUUAUUGUUAAGUUAGUUAAGAAUAACAACGUUGUAGUGAUAAGAGCACCCACUGGAUGUGGUAAAUCAACUUAUGUUCCUCUUCUUUUCAAGGAUAAAAAAGUAGCUGUUAUUGAACCAAGAAGAAUAGCAGUUAUGAGUCUUUAUAACACCCUAGUUAAGAGUAAUGAAUUGAAUGUUGGAUAUAAGAUGAGAUUUAAUAUUAAAGUACCAUCUAAUAGUGAAUAUUUUACUAACAUUUAUACUGAUGGUGCAUUCUUAGCAAAUUUAGAUCUUAAUUAUGAUGUAAUCAUUAUUGAUGAAAUACAUGAAAGAUCAGUUAGAACUGAUGUUUUAUUAAGCAUUCUUAAGAACAAAAUUAAAGAAAAAAAGUUUAAAUUAAUUUUAAUGAGUGCAACUGUUGAUGUUGAUAAAAUAACUAACUUUUUUAAUGCUCAUUUAUUAGACAUUAAAAUGAAAACAUUUCCUAUUGAAAUUAAUUAUUUGGAUGUACCAACACCUGAUUAUAUUAAUCAGUCAUAUUUAACUAUUAAAAAUAUCAUAAAAAACUAUCCUUUAGAUGAAGAUAGAAAUGAUAUUUUAGUUUUUCUACCGGGUUCAGAUGAUAUUGAAGAAUUAUAUAGGCUUGUUUCUAAAAUUCCCUCAAUACUUUCAUAUAAAAUAUAUUCAGUCCUUUCUGAUGAAGAACAAUCUAAAAUUUUUGAAUCAACUCAAAUUAGAAAAGUUAUUUUAUCUACUAAUAUUUGUGAAACAUCCUUAACUAUACCAUCGGUUAAGUAUGUAAUUGAUACUGGUCUUUAUAAAGUUAAAAUUUUUAACGGAAUUUCUUAUUUAGGAAUUAAGUCUAUUUCUGAUGAGAGUGCAUUACAAAGAAUAGGUAGGUGCAAUAGAUUGGGUCCAGGUGUUGUUUAUAAAGUUUACACCAAAUCACAAAAAUUAGAGCAAAACAUUCCUGAAAUGGUUAGAUCUGAUCUUUCUACCAUGAUACUUUUAGUUUUAAGUCAUAAAAUUGAUUUAAUGAAUUUAGACUUUAUUGAUUUGCCUCGAAGGUCUCAAAUUCAGAGUGCUUUAGAUAUUUUAGAAUUAUUUAAAUGUAUAAAGAUUAACAAUAAUGAUUUGACACUCACAUCCUAUGGUAUAAGAUUAAGUUAUCACCCAUUUGAUGUUCAUUUAGCAAAUUUUUAUGAAAAGUGUAUUGAAAAUAAAAUUACUAAAUAUGGAAGUAUAUUAUUAUCAAUGAUUAGUUUGGAAAAUUUUAAUUUUUUAAACUCUGAUAGUAAGGAACUAGAUAUAAGGUAUUUAGUGAGAAUAUUUGAAGAAUAUAAAAAUUCUAGUAAUAAAAGGAAAUAUGUAAUAGAUAAUAAUCUACCAUCCAAAGGGAUGAGUAUGGCCUUACAAAUUUAUAAAUCAUUAAGAAAGAACUGUUCUGUUUCAGAUGAAAAUGCGAUUGAAAUUUUAGAGAAAGUUUUUAGUGAUUCAUUUAAACAUAAUUUAUGUGUUAAAUCUAAUGAUGGAAGUUACAUUCAUCAAAACACCAAACAAAAAGUAUUUAUUCAUCCUUCUAGUGGUUAUUUUAAAAGAAAUAUUAGAAAAGUUGUUAUUGUUAACUUAUUUUAUAGUACUAAGCUUUAUAUGAGAAUUGUUGGAAAUUAUAUUAUUUAA